AAUAUAAAAGGACAUAAAAAUGAAUGAACUUUUGCGACAUAUUUGCAUAAUCGAAAUGACGUAAAUUUAUUUAAUGUGGCAUUUGUAGAGUUGCCCAAAUUGAGAAUGCUGUGAACACGUUCCUUCGUGCCUCGCGCGUACUACUCUGUGUUGCAGGCGUUGACAGAAGAGCGUACAUAUAAAAUUAAAUACAUACCCCAUACAUUUUGCGGAGCGCCCUGCGGCAAAAGAAUGCUUUUUCUCGGCAGGUUUAUGUAGCUCCUUUUUAUUGGCAACUGCGAAAAAGCCUAUAAGUAAUAUGUGGGUGACAAUAUUUAAGCACCGUGAAAAAAAAAGUGAACACAGUAGUAGUUGGUAGCGUUUUUUGCUACGUGAAGGUAUCCUUUUUUUUUUUUUAAGCCGUUCCAAGGGCCAUUUUACUUACCCCCUCUCAUCGCAGGCACAAAAUGGUAUACAUAAAUUGUACGCACAAAAAAAAGCUUACAUGCCUCUUGAAUACUUCUUUUUAAAACCUAAUCGCGCAUUAAAACUGUACAUUUAAAAUGUAAAAAAAAAAAAAAAAAAUUCAAUCAAAUUAUUUGUCAUGUCACUAUAUCGUAACAUUGCAUGCCCUUCGCAUGAAACGAAUAAAGCACGAAGCGAUCUUUAAAAACAAUCCAAGCGCAUUUUGUUUUACAAAAAUGUUCCAAAAGAGCAGAUAAGAAGUGACAAAUACCAACCAUAUCGUAUUUACAUACCUAUCACGUACGUGACCCAUCGAAUUGUAAAAAUUUGAAAAGGGGGAAAAUAAACUUUUUGGCAAUUUUUUUUUUUUUAACAUUUUCAACACGCAAAAAUCACCUUCACAUAUUUCGCCUUCUCAAAAAUGAGUAAAUUGAUGAAAGGAGCCGUUGAAAGCGAGAAGUUUAGACUUCGUCGCAUUCGUAUUGCUUUAACCUCCAAGAGUUUGAGGGCCAUAGAGAAAGUCUGCAGCGACAUCAUGAAAGGCGCGAAGGAGAAGAACCUAAACGUGUCCGGACCGGUGAGGCUACCAGUAAAAACGCUGAGGAUAACGACGAGGAAAUCUCCAUGCGGUGAAGGUACCAACACCUGGGAUAGAUUCGAACUCAGAAUUUAUAAAAGACUGAUUGAUUUGUAUUCCCAAUGUGAGGUUGUUACGCAGAUGACAUCCAUCAACAUUGACCCUGGGGUUGAGGUUGAGGUUAUUAUAACAGAUUCGUAAAUUAGGGAAGAAGGGAAAAAAAAAAAAAAAAAAAAUAAUAAUUUGAUGAAGACAGGGGAUGUGCGUACACGAGUACAAAAAAGGACCAUUGGGGUAGAGGAACAUUUCGUGGAAGAGUAGGAGAAUUGUUACGCCCAAAUUUUGUGCUUGUUGAAAUUGCGGGUCGAAGUGCUUCAUUCCUCCUUUAUUUA